ACUUAUUGUUAGAACGCCAGAAAACAUUUGGUGAAGGUUGUAUGUGUAUGUCUGUGUUCCCCAGUCGAUAGUGGAAACUGGAAAGUGGAAAGAAAGCCAAAAUUAGAAAAAGUCAUAGAUCAGAAAUUUUCAAUUAGUUUUUAUGGUCAAGCCUCAAAACAGCGAAACUAAGAGGAUUUAAUGCUGGAAGUGUGGAAGUUAUGUGAUAAGGAAGUGAUAAAACUCUGUUACUGAGGGUUUCCUCGGAACUUCCAAUGAAUCAUUUCAGUGGAAGUUGAUAUGUGAACUUUGCACUGAUACAUACUUUUAUCAGUUCUUCUCCCACUGCUUGGCACAAUAAGUGAAAUGUAAUCAGCUAUGGCGAAAAAAAACGCAGGGGUCCAAGUUGAUAGUGACUCCGCUUACCUUUUUUCGGACAGUGGGUCUUGUGAUUUCAAAAUGGAAUACAAGUUCAGACUCAAUAAGCUAGUGUUUAUUUGCGCUCUCUUUGUUGUUAUCAGUAUGGUUUAUUUUGGUUUCUUUUUCUCAGAUAAAGUUUGUGCGCUCUCUAAUUUCAAAUCUCCAAGUUGUUCCGAAGUUAGUCUAAGAACUCCAACCCCUGAACAUGUCGUUAAACUCUUGUCCUUGCUCUCUGAUCCAUUCAACUCCAAGUUACCGAACCCUGGUCUAAGUUAUGACGAAAUUAUUCAUGAGAAUUUUCAGUUUGAUAUGAAUGCUCACGACGUAAUGGUUUUUUUGCAUAUUCAAAAGACAGGAGGUACCUCUUUUGGUCGGCAUUUAGUACAGGAUUUAGAUCUGCAAAGACCCUGUACAUGUCAGAAGAAGAGAAAACGUUGUUAUUGUUUUCGUCCCAACCGUAAUGAAAAUUGGCUGUUCAGCCGAUAUUCUAUUGGAUGGAAGUGUGGACUCCACGCAGAUUGGACAGAACUCUCAAGCUGUGUUGAUGCUGAGUUGAUAAAGAAUGAAGGUGACUCAGUGAAAAGGAGGUAUUUUUAUAUAUCCCUUCUUAGAGAACCUAUCAGCCGCUAUUUAUCUGAAUUUCGCCAUGUUCAACGAGGGGCCACCUGGAAAAAUUCAAGACAUUGGUGCGGCGGUCGGGUGGCAACGGAGCAAGAGCUGCCCAAAUGUUACCCAGGAGUUGUCUGGAGUGAUGUUACCUUUGACAGUUUCACGUCUUGUCCUUAUAAUUUAGCAAAUAACAGGCAAACUAGAAUGAUGGCUGACUUGGCUUUGGUUGGUUGUUACAAUACAUCUUCUUACUCAAAGGAGGACCGAGACCAGAUUUUACUCGCAAGUGCAAAAAAGAACUUGGCCAACAUGGCAUUCUUUGCACUCACAGAGUACCAAAAGAUCGGUCAGUAUGUUUUUGAAGAGACUUUCAAUCUGAGAUUUGCUGUGACUUUUUCCCAGCAUAACUCAACUCUGUCUAACGCCGUCCUAGCAACUCUUACAAAGGACCAAAUAGAAAAAAUCCGCAGGCUCAAUAGCUUGGAUAUUGAACUCUAUGAGUUUGCAAAGUCACUAAUGUUUAGUCGCUUCAAUAAAUUACAAAUGAGAGAUCCUCAAUUUGAAGAACGAUGGAAUCACCUCGGAGAGUUACCGAACAAGACUGAAUUCAAUUGGGAUGAUGCGAUUGAUGAUGAAACGACAAAGACCACUACAGACACGUAGGAGUACGCCCUUCGGACCUCGGUCCUGGCUCCAUGAGCUGCAUCUAGUCAGGUUUUAAUUUCUUCCAAUUUUUUGUCAGUCUGUGAUCUGGGAAUGGACUUCGCUUCUUGAUGUCGUUUCCGUUUGUUUUAGAUCUGAAUUACCAGGAAUUUUGUCAUAAUAAUCAUUGGAGGGGGAUUCCAGUUGUACUACACUUUGCAAUUAGAAACAACUAUUUCUUGAUCAUCUGUGAAAACACUCAUGUGCGUAGGGAAACUAAUGGCACAUACGUUCUUUCUCAACUGAGCCAGAAUCUGUAGUCUCUAAUUGCCAAGUGUAGUCAAGUUUGGCAAUGGUCCAUGGAAUCUUGGAGGUAGGUCGGAACGUUUAAAGGUGGAAGUGUGAAAUUUGUACUGGUAAAAGCCGUAUAGAUGGUACCUCCUUUAGGAGUUACGGAGGCCCAUAAAUUUAGGAAUGGCUGUGAGUAAGAUAGUAGGGCACUGCACAAAUUUGCCUCUGCAUCUGUCCUCUAUCAUAGACAACCAAUUGAUAUUAAAACUAACUUUUAUCAGCUUACUAUUGAAAGUUGGUUUAAAAUUAAUGUAAAUCUUGUAGUGUUAUGCAAUUGGUGAAUUUCAUUGAAUUUAUGCACAAAAUUCUCAUUCCUGAGGGAAGGUUGGAUGGGAAA